CCCUAACACUGGCGGGGUGGCCCCGCGAGAGGCUGGCGGGCACUGGGCCCAGCCAGGAGCCGCAGGCCGGGCCUCGCGCGAUCGCCCGGCCGGGCGCGGGCGCGGCCUUCUGCGGGUCCUUGAUGCGGUUGAGGCGGCGCGGGUCAGAGAGAAGCCCGGCCCGGUGGCGGGCGCGGUAGGAGGCGGCGGGGCCGCGGGCCCGGCCCGGAGACUGCGGCGCCUCUACGAUGGACGCCUUAGAGGAAGAGAGCUUCGCGCUGUCCUUGUAAGUGACGUGGCCAGGGUCUGCGGGUGUCGUCCGGGGCCGGGCGCGGGCUAGCGGAUCGGGGCUCCGCUCUAGCGGGGGCGUUUUCUUCCCGCGGGCAUAUGUCACCGAUUACCAGCGCUUCCAUCACAAUCCUCUGGCCUCAAUCUUGGCCGUCAGCAAACCCCAGAGGCCUUGAGCUGCCCUGGCUGGCGGCGGCCUCACCGCCUGUAUAAAGCCACUCCUGAUCCAGUUACCCGCUAGGCCGGCGCUCCUCCCGCGUGUGGUCACACUCACCAGCAGAUAGGUGUGGCGUUAAGAGCCAGGAUGCGCUCCUCUGCCUCUGAUGCAGAAUUCGAUGCUGUGGUUGGAUGUUUAGAGGACAUUAUUAUGGAUGCUGAGUUCCAGCUACUGCAGAGAAGCUUCAUGGACAAGUACUACCAGGAAUUUGAAGACACUGAAGAGAAUAAGCUCACCUAUACUCCCAUUUUUAAUGAAUAUAUUUCCCUGGUAGAGAAGUACAUUGAAGAGCAGUUGCUGGAGCGUAUCCCAGGCUUCAAUAUGGCGGCCUUCACCACCACACUGCAGCACCAUAAAGAUGAAGUGGCUGGCGACAUCUUUGACAUGCUGCUCACAUUCACGGAUUUCCUGGCUUUCAAGGAGAUGUUCCUGGACUACAGAGCAGAAAAGGAAGGCCGAGGACUGGACUUAAGCAGCGGCUUGGUGGUGACUUCUCUGUGUAAGUCAUCUUCUACGCCAGCUUCCCAGAACAACCUACGGCACUAGAUCCCUCCUUCACACAGUGGGUGUGAUGGAUAUGAGGUCACCAGCCCAGCAGGCUCAGAGAAAUAUGGGCUAAUGACAGAUGCAUCCUGCAAGACCCACUGUGCCACAGCCCUUCGUUCAUGUGAAGUAUUGACGAGUCCUGGAAAACAUGACUGACCCUCCUGGCCCUUGUCAGAACCUCCUUCCUGUAGUCAGUAACCCUCACGUUCCCCGCUCCCAUCCUCAUACAGACACCUCUCCCAGGCACUUCUGAGAGGCUCCUCUGAAUCAAGCCCAGGUUGGCCGCCUCGCCUGGGGGUACUCUUUCCCCAGCAACAUGGUAGUGUAGUGUGUCAACAGUGUGGACACCACAUCACUAUGAUCCCUUCAUCCUGCAGGCUUUAGUGAGUCUUUGUUUUCCCACCGUUUUCACCUGGGUCCGUUUCAGGCCUCAGCCUCAAUGUGGCUUUUGUUUGGGUGUGUUUAUCUAGGGAGAUGCAGGCCAGCUGCCUGUCCUGGUUUCUGAAUCUCCUGGGAUUACAGCUUGACUGGCUGUCGGGAUUCACUGAGAGGGCUGUCCUCUACCCACAAGUGAACAUGAACUCCAACCUUACAUUAACAGUCCUUUCACCAGCGAACCCUGCUGGUCUUGAUGUAGCCCCACUAUUCUACUCUCUAAGCAUUAUUUUCAAGAAACCUAUUUUUAUAGAUGAAAACUCAGGCUAACCUAGUGAGUAUGACCUUGGGGUGCCCAUGAUCAACCACUUAAAGAUCAGAGUAUUAUAUGCUGUGUGCUUUUUAGUUAUGAGUGUUGUGAGUGCAAACUGCUUUCCAAUGGUGUCCUCUCGCUGGGCACCAGUACAAACAGGCUGUGUGCUAGAACGGGCCACAGCUCUGUCGGGAUAGCAUGCUGGGUGUGUCCGUGCAUGUUUGUGUGCCAUGCUGUCCAAUGGCGUGCUGGGUGUGCUUGUGCAUGCUUGCGUGCAGUCCUUCGUGCAGGCCGGAGAGCGGGGGUUUUUACUGGGGGGUUGGGACUUUGGUGUUUGUUUUCAUACAGUGUCUCCUGCUAAGUUAAUGCUCCCCUGAUCCAGCUCGUUCUGGUGGGAGGGGCAGGACACAGUUUUUCUGGUCAUCUGUCAUCUUUGGUGGACGGCCACCAACCAGAAAGCAUGUGUGUCACAUCUCUAGAAAGAAGAGAACACUUCAGAUCCUAAUGUAUACUUUUGACUUUAACUUUUAUAGUAAACAUAAGAAUCCACGAUGACUUUCCAUGUGACCAUUCCGACUUUAAAGGAUUUAAGCUAAGCUAAGCUCUGUUUUUUCUGUAGCUGUGUGUCUGUCACUUAGGACUUUUGUAAAAUGAGUAAAAUUUGAGGUGUUUUAGCAAGAAUAAUAA